GUGAGAGCGGCAAUUACUCUCAAGAGAAAGCUUCAUAUAAACCCACAGCGAACUUCAAUUCUUUUUCAGUACAAUCAAAUCAAGACACAAGAAAUCAAGAAAAAAUUGUUUGAGCGCCAAAUAUGAAAUUUGCAAUCUUUCUUACUCUUACUGCUUUAGCUGUUGAAACUUUAGCUGUAAAGUAUCAAUGUAGUUUUACCAAUCGAAAGGUUUGGUUUGCAGAUGCAACGUUUUAUGACUGUGACGUCACAAGUGGAUCGAUUGAAACAAUAAGACAGAAAUGUGUUGAAAGUGUAUCUGGAAAUCAUUUAAGUGGAUAUGAUGAUCAGCAGAUAACAAGUCUUGGGAUUAGCAGGGCAACUACUAUCUAUAUGCCUCGUGGAUUAGAAAAUUACUUUUCUGAACUUGUUUCAAUUGAUAUUUAUAAAGUUGGAUUGUCAGAAGUUCAUCAAGGGGAUUUAAAGCCAUACAAAAAGUUAAAAUUCGUAAGUUUUGCAGACAACAAGCUUAGGCAUCUUGAAGAAAAUUUAUUCAUGCACAAUCCAAAGCUUGAAGUAAUUUUGCUGUAUCGAAAUCAAAUUAAAUCUGUUGGAGCUGUUUUUAAAAACCUGAAUAAUCUUCGAAGCAUAAAUUUUGAUGGCAAUGAAUGCUCUUCAGGCUCCGAGAACGGCAAAUAUCAAAUUGGCAAUUUGAUCAGAUCAAUUUACGAAAACUGUGAAUUCCGUUAUGAACAAGCUUUGGAAUAUUGUGUGACUGAACUUACUUCAUACAAAACUCAAUUUGAUACGUAUUGUGAGGGAAAGUUUUAAAUAUGGAUUUUUAAGAUUUUAAAAGCUCUUAGGAUUAAAAUAAAAUUUUAUUGUUCCUUUGUAU